CCGGACGCACGCGGUCAGCGCGGGGAUGUGUCCGAGACAUAUAAGCCGAAAAUGAAGGCGAUCGUGUUGAUGGCAACGAUGACUGCGGUGGCGGCGUUUCAGGGAAACAUGGCGAUGGUGGGGAGGAGAGGCGUUUCAUGCGCAGUCUCACCCGUCAUGUCCGCGGAGGGCACUAGCAAGCAGCUCCGAUCUCCUGCACUUCCUCGCAGACAGAUGUUGACGAGCUUGACGCCUCUCCUCCUCCCAUCGUUGGGGCUCAUCCUCAACCCUGCUGCUUCCUUCGCGGAUGCUGCAAAAGAGAGCAAGGAGCAACUUGUUGGUCAGGUCAAGCUUGCAUCGCAGCAGAUGAAGGAGCUCGCUGAGGCGGCUCAAGUGGUGGAAAGCAACUGGGAGAGCAACAAGGUUGAGGCACAGAAGGGAUACAAUUCUCUCCAGGGAUCUUUGCGUGUGAGCGCUCUCGGGGGCAUUCGUUCAUCCUGCUUCCAUCUUUACAGAGACCACGUGGUUGAUCCAGCCAAGUUCAAGAACGCAGAAGUGAAGUACAAAGAGAUCGUGAAGGAUCUCGAGAAGCUGAACAAUCUGCUGCUGAAGGCAUCAAGAGAUGAGCUGAAGAAGGAGGAGCGCGAGAAGAUCGGAGACCAAUGCACCAAGGUUGAGGUUUCUCUUAAUGAGUUUGCUACAAUCACUGCUUGAGGAUGAGAAGUAACAAUGAAGUGAAAUGAUCGAUC